CAAAAAGAUGUUAGCGGAAAACUCUAACAUUGUGACGGGGAAUCUCUCGCGACAGCAGCAUCUCUCCAACAAUUCCCCGCAUCACCAAAAUAUCCCCCUGUUCUACCUGAUGCGUAGUUAAUCUAGUGCCAGGGCUAGAUCUCAUAUCACGAGUGCUCGUUAUAAGUAUCCUUUGCCUCAUUUAUCUUGCCCCAUUGUAACGCUUAACAGCCAUGGAGGCGGAAAUCCAGAAACGGAUACCUGGCAUCGAUCAUGUGAUAUCGGAAUACUCAGUGGGCUAUUUAACACAUGCAUCCAAAGCUUACGUUGAGGAUUCUGAUCCAAAUGGACCCUCGCCCUUGUCAGAAGCUGCAGAGACCAUCUCAGCGCUACUCAUAUCAGCUUCUGGGGACUUCAGUCCCAAAAAUGAAGAAGAAAUUCAGAAUCUGAUCAAGAAAUUCAUCUCAACUCUCAGCGCCGCAAAUGGCGUCGAUGCCAAAGCCCAUGUGCCAUUUGCGGCCAAAAAGCUAGACCAGACCAUCCAUGUGGGCUCGCAGCGCAAUAUGUCAUCGACCCUAGGCCUGGCUGGGGGCUCUGUUGACCUGGAAUCUGCCAAUACGCGAAAAGUGGAAUCCCGCGUCGACAAGAAGAAGCUAGAAAAGGCAGAGGCCAAGAUCCGCGCGAAGCAGGAGAGGAAAGAGAUGAAGACGGUCGAGUAUGAGGCGUCACGCUUGCUCAAAGAGCCGGAGUCUACACAGUCCUAUGAAGAGUUCUACAUGGCCGUUAACCCCUUGCAGUUGGGCGCCGAUGCGUCGAAGAGCAAGGAUGUCAAGGUCGACGGCUUCGAUGUUGCUAUCUCUGGCAAGCGGAUUCUGACAGAUGCGUCGUUGACGUUGGCAUAUGGGAGGCGCUAUGGUUUGGUGGGCCAGAACGGUAUCGGAAAGAGUACUCUGCUUCGUGCGCUGAGUCGGCGAGAAGUGCCUAUUCCCACGCAUAUUUCUAUUCUUCAUGUUGAACAAGAGAUUGCUGGUGACGAUACUCCGGCAUUGCAAGCUGUCCUGGAUGCUGAUGUUUGGCGGAAACACCUUCUGAAGGAACAAGAUAGAACCUCAGCCGAGCUUGCGUCCAUUGAGCAGGAGCGUUCAUCCAUGGCAGACACUUCGAAAGAUGCUAUGCGUCUCGACCAGGAGCGGGAGGCGCUCGACGUCACGCUCAGUGAUAUCCACAGCAAGCUAGCAGAAAUGGAGUCGGAUAAGGCAGAGCCUCGUGCCGCAAGUAUCCUUGCCGGGUUGGGCUUUUCCCCAGAGCGGCAGCAGUUUGCCACAAAGACCUUUUCUGGAGGAUGGCGUAUGCGUCUCGCUUUAGCCCGUGCUCUAUUCUGCGAGCCUGAUCUUUUAUUGCUCGACGAACCGUCUAACAUGUUGGACGUCCCCUCCAUUACGUUCUUGUCAAACUACCUCCAGACUUAUCCAAGCACAGUCUUGGUUGUUUCUCACGAUCGAUCAUUCCUCAACGAGGUCGCAACUGACAUUAUCCACCAACACGCGGAACGAUUGGACUACUACAGAGGUGCUAAUUUCGAAUCAUUUUACGCUACCAAGGAAGAGCGAAGAAAGACUGCCAAACGCGAAUAUGAAAACCAAAUGGCUCAAAGAGCUCAUCUACAAGCUUUCAUUGAUAAAUUCCGCUACAACGCCGCCAAGUCCUCGGAAGCGCAAUCGAGAAUCAAGAAACUCGAGCGCAUGCCCGUUCUGGAACCGCCUGAGAACGAAUACGUCGUCCACUUCAAAUUCCCCGAUGUCGAGAAGCUAUCUCCGCCUAUCGUUCAGAUGUCAGAGGUCUGCUUCGGCUAUACGAAGGACAGGCCACUUUUGACGAACGUCGACUUGGAUGUGCAGCUAGAUUCACGGAUUGGUAUUGUUGGGCCUAACGGCGCUGGUAAAACCACUGUGUUGAAAUUGCUCAUUGGCCAGUUGCAACCCACGUCAGGAGUCAUAUCCCAGCAUCCUAGGCUCCGGAUAGGGUUCUUCGCGCAGCACCAUGUGGAUGCACUGGAUAUGAAUACCAGUGCCGUUGGGUUUAUGGCAAAGAAUUAUCCUGGUCGAACUGAUGAAGAGUACCGGCGACAUCUUGGAGCUUUUGGCAUCACCGGCAUGACCGGCCUUCAAAAGCUCGAACUUCUAUCCGGGGGCCAAAAGUCCCGCGUUGCAUUCGCAUGUCUCUCGCUCACGAACCCGCACAUCCUGGUUCUCGACGAACCGUCCAAUCAUCUUGACAUCGAGGCAAUGGAUGCGCUAUCUGAUGCGUUGAGGAAUUUCCAGGGCGGCGUGCUGAUGGUCUCUCAUGACGUGACGAUGUUGCAGAAUGUGUGCACAAGCCUAUGGGUUUGUGAUCAUGGGACGGUGGAGAAGUUCCCUGGCGAUGUCAAGGCGUAUAAGAAGAGGAUUACAGAACAGGCCAAUGCGGCAGGGGUGGUUGCUGCGCAUUAGACGACUUGAUUACUCGUUAUUGCGUAUAGAUGAGGCAAGGGACUUUGGUAUGAAUAGAUACAGUAGUUCUUAGAUAUUAGUCUGAAUGAAAUAACUCUCAUCGCAGUACUCUGUAGAUUCAGAUACGUAUUAUUAUUACCCAGCAAUGCUCAACA